AUGGCGUCAAUCCUCCGGCAGAUUGUUGCCGGUCCCCGGUUACAACAUCCUGAAGCUGGUCUAGACUUGUGCUAUGUGACCGAUAACAUUAUCGCAACCUCCGGUCCCUCCUCCAACUACCCGCAACGCGCCUACAGAAACCCCCUGGACGAGCUCGUCAAAUUCCUCGACUCCAAACAUGAUUCGGACUGGUGCAUCUGGGAGUUCCGCGCCGAAGGCACCGGUUAUCCCGACUCAGAGGUCUACAAUCGCAUUCAUCACUACCCAUGGCCCGAUCACCAUCCGCCCCCGUUUGCGCUCAUCCCCGCCAUGACGGGCAGUAUGCGCAAUUGGAUUCAUCGACUCGAUGAGCCUGACAGCAAAGAUGAGAAGGAUAGGAAGAAAGAUAGGGUUGCGGUCGUUCAUUGCAAGGCCGGAAAAGGCCGUAGUGGCACCGUGGCCUGCAGCUACCUGAUCAGCCAGGAAGGGUGGAAGGCGGACGACGCGCUGCAGCGAUUCACCGAGCGGCGAAUGAGAGUCGGGUUCGGUGCUGGGGUGAGCAUCCCCAGUCAGCUGCGGUGGGUGGGAUACGUGGAUCAAUGGACCAACCAGAUGGGGAAGAACUAUAUCGAGCGGCCGGUGGAGAUCCUCGAGGUGCAUGUAUGGGGACUGAGAGACGGUGUCAAGGUCGCGGUGGAGGGAUUCGAGGACCACGGGAAGAAAAUCAAGAAGUACCAUCUCUUCCACCGGAGUGAGCGUACGGUAGUCGACGAUGGGAAGUCCAAGACGAUGCCCCCAGAUACAGUCACGAACGGCCAUACAAACGAUAACGACAUCAAGAAUCAGCCCAAAUCCGCUGUGACUUUUCCACCGAGAACAGAAGACAGUCCUCACUCAUCCACUGACGCUCCCGCGAGAACCGACACUCCUCCGAAACACGUCUCCGCCAUAGUCUUCCGUCCCAAGUCCCCCAUCACCAUCCCCACGUCCGAUGUAAACAUUGACUUCGAACGACGCAGCAAGGCCGCUUACACAGGCUGGGCCAUGGUGACUUCCAUCGCGCACGUCUGGUUCAACGCCUACUUCGAAGGCGGCGACCAGCACGACUCCGGCGUCUUCGAAGCCGAAUGGGACGCCCUCGACGGCAUCAAAGGCACAACACGCAAGGGCGUGAAAGCCUUGGACCGUGUGAAAGUCGUCUGGCGAUACGCCAACCAACCAGGCACUUCCCACCCCGACACAGGGCGACCCAUUUCCGAGCCGAAGCCCGGCGAACCGAUUCCAGAAACUCAGCCACCAGAUUGGCACAUUCAUGGCACUGGCACUGGCACUGGCUCCAACUCUGGUACUGAUAGCCCACGAGACCAAGAAGACGAGAACACACCUCCUCUACCACCAUCUAAAGAACUAGAAGCCGACAAGAUUUCCGACUCUGAACCAGACAGCAGCUCAACCAAACAUAAACAUAAAGCCAAACAUACUACUCAUGACCACGAACACGAUCAUCCCCUCCUCUCAGACCUCAGCACCGCAGCCGCAACCGCCGUGUCUUCAAUACCGGGACUAGGCAAGCAGCUCGGACUCCGCAAACAAACCGACGAAAGCAAAGACGUGAGUCUUGCGGGAAGUAGCGAAGAUGAGUCAGGGAGAAGUUCUGCUGCUCCUUCGCAGGCGAAGAAAAAUACGAAGAAGGAGUGGUCGUCUGUUGAUGAGGGUAAAUAA